UUCAGAGUUCUGAUGCCACUGUAUGAUGAAGAUACAAACAUGCUGCUAGCGAUUGGGAAGGCAGACACCAGUUGGUCCUACUAUGAAGUGUCUACUGCAGACCCGUAUCUUACAAGAAAUGCUGUUGAGCGAACAGAACGCAGUGAGCAGAUCCGUGGUGCAUGUCUGGUGCCGAAACUCGCGAUGAACGUAAUGGAGGGAGAAGUGGAUAGACUGAUGCUUCUCAUGCAGAACUCAAUUGUACCACUCCCGUACAUUGUACCACGCAAAGAUUACCGGCAGUUCCAUGCAGACCUGUUCCCUGAUACCAAAUGUGAGGAGCCUGCUUUAUCAGCCCAGCAGUGGGCAGCUGGAGAGAAUGGCAAGGUUUCUCUGACAAGUUUGGAUCCGAGUAAACGGUCUUUGAAACCACAAUCACAGAAACCCAAAGACAAGGAAAUAAAGCCAAACAAAGAGGCAACAAAAAAUGAACAGCCAAAGUCUACUGAUGCUUUAAGCCCCUCAGUAUCACAGUCAACAGCAUCUACUAGGUCACAGGUAACCAAGGCAACUGGUGCUUCUAAGGAGACCGCAAAACCUGCAGUUGUUGCUCCAACAGAACCGAGCAAGGCGGCCAAGACAUUUGCUGCCAUGCAUAUGUCCAAAUGCAAGUACCCUGAAAGGAGUGACGGAACACGUGAGCAAGCAUAUUGUGAACGUUCGCAACCUGUGUCGCACUUUGCCGGGUCAGAGCGACCUGUUUGCAGGCAACGGGACGCGGUGUGGUUACCCAUUGAAGGGCCUGGCGGGAGAGUGGCAGUGCUAGAGUUGAACCAACCUGGCCGUCUACCAGAUACUGGGGUUCCCGUGUUGCAGAAUGGCAGCAAAGUGAAUGAUUUUGUCUUUGAUCCAUUUGAUGACUCAAGGCUGCUUGUUGGCUGUGACAAUGCCAAGGUAUACAUAUGGAAGAUCCCUGACACUGGGUUGACAGAGACGCUGGAUGACUAUGAGUCCUAUCUGAUGAGUCACACAGAGAAGAUCUACUUCGUCCGAUUUCACCCACUGGCCAAGAAUGUGGUGGUGACUGGAGCCUAUGACAUGAAGUUGAAAAUCUGGGACCUCACAGACAAUACUGAGCAGCUAGAAGUCACAUGUCACACAGAUCAGAUAUUUUGUGCAGAAUGGAGUCCUGAUGGACGUUACCUAGCUACAGUUUGUAAAGAUGGUCGUGUGAGAAUCAUAGACCCCCGAAAACAGUCAGUUCGGGAAGGCAAGGGGCCAGAAGGGAGCCGAGGUGCAAGGGUCAUCUGGGCUGUAGACAUGACAUAUCUCGUUGUCUCAGGUUUUGACAGGGACAGUCGUCGGCAGCUGCUGGUAUACUCCGUGGGCAAGCUGGGAAACCCUCUGUAUGAGGAGACCCUCGAUGUAUCCCCAAGCAUACUUGUACCACACUAUGAUGAGGGAACCAGGACUGUCUUCCUCACAGGCAGGGGAGAUGCUAGCAUCAUCACGUACGAGGUAUCAGAGGAGUACCCACACCUGUUUGCAUUGACACCUGUGAAGCCAGAGGGCGCGCACCAGGGCAUCUACUUCCUGCCUGUGACCUCCUGCAGUGUGCGUGACGUGGAGAUUGCACGGGUCCUGAGGCUAACACAGAGCUCUGUGGAGCCAAUGUCCUUCACUGUACCCAGGGUCAAGACAAUCUACUUCCAAGACGACUUAUUUCCUGAUACCAUUCCACCAAGUGUGCCGUCAAUGACUAGCCAGGAAUGGUUCCGAGGGGAAAACAAGAUGAAUAAGAAAAUAUCCCUCAGACCAAAGGACAUGAGACCUUUGAGUGAGGCCCCUGAGGAGGCCCCCAAGGCCAGGAAGUAUGACAGCUACAAUCCCGACACAUACAAGACUGAUGAGCAGAAGAAAGAAGAGCUGAUCAGUGCAAUGACAAACAAGCUGGACAUCAAAGCAGAGCCUUUACCCCAGGAUGAUGCUGAGGGUGUGGACUCGGAUGAAUGGGGCGAUGAUUAAAGAAGGCAGCUAAUAGUCUCCAACAUUCCAUGUGUGCAAUAUCUCAGCGAUAUGUGUGCUUUAUUUUAUUGUAAAUCUAAAUAGGCCUGCUCAAUGAACAUGCAUUUAACCCCCCUUUUCACAGAGAACGGCCAUCAACAUAAAGGUUAAUAUGAUUUGUCAUAUAAUUACAACACUGUGAUAUAUGAUGAUGAAGAUGAUGAUAAUGAAGACGGUAGAAACUUUACCUAGGUUAUCAUAUUAGUGCUACAAAUUGUAAAUAGACCUUAUUUUUGUCCCCUACCGGUGAAACCGGAGGGGACUUAUGGUUUGCGCUCUGUUUGUCAGUCAGUCUGUCUGUCUGUCACAUUUUUCUGGAUCCUGCGAUUACUUAAAAAGUUCUUCAUAUUUUUUCAUGAAACUUGCAACAUGGAUUGAUGGCAAUAUGGACAUUAUGCACGUAAUUUCAUUUUGUUCCUACGUCAAAAAUUGUGGUUGCUAUGGCAACCAAAAAAACUAAACAAAAAAAAACUCUGAAAAUGGUGGAAUUUCUUACAAUGGUGGAGCCGGUAGGGGACCAUAUUGCUUGACAAUAGCCUUGUUAUAAUUGUCUUUUGACAGAGAAAUAGAAGACGGGAUAUGAAAUAACCAUCUUUAAUACAUUUUGUAUGUUCUAUGAUCCAGAAUUGCUUAUUACCAAACAAAACUGUAGAAAUUGCUUUUUUAUCAGAAACUCUCCAGUUAAGUAGUAUUAUUAGUAUACUCUCAAGUAUAAAAUUGUUGUACAUCAUAGGUUUAUGCAGGUGUCAGUUUUAUAAGUUUGAUAAAUUAUCAGUGUAUGAUCAGGUUACUAGUUUUUGUGAUUAUUAAGAUUUCAAGUUUAAGACCAUAUAUAAAAGCUUUUUUAUUGUACAGAUGUUUCAAUACAAACUCUGGUAAUAUAACCAAAUUAAUUAUUAUCUCCUCUUCUGCCAGUAUUUUUGCUAUAAACUACAAACAUUGUGUAUCAUCUCUAUUUGUUGAAAUAUUAUUUUAAACCCAAGAUAUUAAGCAUGUAUUGUUGCUUUGACCAAAACAGUUAAGUGUAAAUUCUAUUGAAUUUCAAUAUUUUACAUUCCUACUUCCAAUGUUUAUUUAUACUCUUUUCAUAUAUAAAUCUUAUAGAAAUGUUAAUACUAAUUUUAAACCUUAAAAAAUCGUAUUGAAAGUAAUAAAUGUUUAAACUUA